UUACAUGUAUAUAAAAAUUACACCACCUUUUUUUUUCUUUCGUCGUGAAUUGGCAAACCUAUAAAAUCAUAUUACGAGUUAAGCAAAAUAAAAAAAAAUAAAAAAAAUAAUAGAGUCCAAUCAAAUGGUAAACAUUUCAUUCUUGAUCUCUUCACCUUUAGAUGCAAUUCGAUAUAAUUAUAACAUUCGGUAAUUUGAAAUUAGUAGUUGGAAUUAAAAAAAAAAAAAACAAAAGUUUGUUUAAAUUCUGAACAAUUUUUUCUUUUCUAAAAUUUAAUUUUAAGACACUAAUAGUCUAAUUCUAUGUUUUUUUCCCUAAAUGGAGGAAUAGUCUAAUUCUAUGUUACCGAACAUAGUAACACUUUGCACUCUCAAGUUUUAAAAACCCCACCUCUUAGUCUUCGUAGUGUUUUUUCAUAGGCAAAUAGAUGGGUUAGGUCAGGAGCAUGACAUAGCAUGGGCUUUAACACACUGUAUAUGAUGACAUGAAAGCUCUAAGGAGGUGUAUGAUUCUAUCUCAUAGUUUUGAUUUGCACUACAGAAAUUUGUCAGCUAUAGCCAAUGUCAAACUUGACUCACAAGACCUUGUUUGGGUUGGUACAAACACAACCCAAGUAUCAAAUUUACAAAAAGUUUUGCAAGAAUGUGCAAGAGAAAGGGCACCCAUGGAAGGAAAGGCUUGUCAUGGACUAAUUAUUUGUGCUGGGUUACAAGAAGACACUUUCACAUCAAACAUGCUCAUUAACAUGUACUCAAAGUGUGGGCUUGGUGAUUCCGCUCGCAAGGUGUUUGAUGAAAUGCCUCAAAGAAGCCUUGUUUCAUGGAAUACCAUGAUUGGUUCGUAUACCCAGAAUAAGAGUGAAGAAGAGGCUCUUUAUCUUUUCAUGAAGAUGCAAAGAGAAGAAACCCAGUUUAGUGAAUUCACUAUUUCGAGUGUACUUUGCGCUUGUGCUGCAAAAUUUGCCAUAUUUGAGUGCAAACAGUUGCAUGCUUUUGCGCUCAAGGUGUCGAUUGAUUCAAAUGUAUUUGUGGGCACUGCUUUGCUUGAUGUCUAUGCGAAGUGCAAUGCAGUUGAGGAUGCUAUCCGGGUUUUUGAGAGCAUGCCUGAGAGGAAUGCGGUCACAUGGAGUUCAAUGGUGGCAGGAUAUGUGCAAAAUAAGCUUUAUGAGGAGGCUUUAAUUUUAUUCCAUAGAGCACAAAUGAUAGGUUUGGAACAUAGCCAGUUUACUAUAUCUUCAGUUCUCUCUGCUUGUGCAUGCCUGGCUGCUCUGAUUGAAGGGAAACAGUUGCAUGCGGUAUUACAUAAAGCUGGUUUUGAUGCAAAUAUUUAUGUAGCUUCCUCUCUAAUUGACAUGUAUGCGAAAUGCGGAACUAUUAAAGAAGGUUACGUUAUAUUUUCAUGUGUAGAAGAGAAGAAUGUUGUCGUAUGGAAUGCACUGGUUUCAGGGUUUUCUAGACAUGCUCGCUCUAUAGAGGCUAUGAUUUCAUUCGAAAAGAUGCAGCAGAUGGGUGUGCGCCCAAACGAAGUAACUUUUGUAUCUGUGUUAUCUGCAUGUGGUCAUAUGGGAUUGGUCGAAAAGGGACGGAAAUAUUUUGACAUGAUGAUAAAAGAUCAUAAUUUGUCACCUAAUGUCUUUCACUAUUCAUGCAUGGUUGAUAUUCUUGGUCGAGCAGGGUUGAUUCAUGAAGCUAAGGAAAUGAUAGAUAAAAUGCCAUUUGAUGCUACUCCUUCCAUGUGGGGAUCGCUUUUGGCCUCCUGCAGGAUCCAUAAGAAGCUUGAGUUUGCUGAAGUUGCAGCUCAAAAAUUGUUCGAGAUUGAGCCUAAUAAUGCAGGAAACCAUGUCUUGCUUUCAAACAUAUAUGCCGCAAACAAAAAGUGGGAGGAAGUUGUAAGGGCUAGGAAGCUUCUUAAAGACAGCAAGGCAAAGAAAGAAAGGGGAAAAAGUUGGAUCGAGAUUAAGGAUAAGGUACACACAUUUAUGGUUGGAGAGAGAAACAAUCCUAGAAUUGCUGAGAUUUAUCUGAAGUUGGAGGAUUUACUGGAAGAAAUGAAGAAGCUGGGUUACAGAGGUGAGACUGAACAUGACUUGCAUGAUGUGGAAGAAAACCGAAAACAGGAACUUCUGAUGCACCAUAGUGAGAAACUAACUCUUGCUUAUGGGCUAAUGUGCUUACCUUCUAGUGCACCAAUACGGAUUAUGAAGAACCUCAGAAUCUGUGGAGAUUGCCAUUCUUUUAUGAAAUUCGCUUCAAGUAUUACAGGGAGGGAAAUCACCGUUAGGGAUACAAAUCGGUUCCACCAUUUUAAAAAUGGUUUUUGUUCUUGUGGGGAGUUCUGGUAGUCUGUUUCGUAGCAUGGUGUCUUUUGAUCUUUGAUCACCUUUUGUAGAUUACACAUCCCACCUCUUGCUUUAGGUUCGGAUUUUCAUGACCUAAAGGUUUUGAAGGCUAAUUUCAUUGCUCACUAUCCCAUAUUCAGAGAUCAAAGAUGAAUUCUUAUCACAGUGCUGCAGGGAUUUGCUCAAGGUUGUACUUUUACAAUAAAAAAGUUCGAACCGUGGUUUCCAAAGUGAAUGCAGGAAUGACAAUACUUCAGGUGGUUUGCUUAAACCUCAGAGGUGUCUUAAAAUGAAGUCCAUGGUGAAGGUGCUCUCUUUGUCUCUCUCUGCAGUUGGAGUUCAGCUACCAACAUAAGUCAUACAAUCCUUCUCAAAAUGUGUGACGCUCUCACGCUCCGUGCGUGUAGCGCUCGUGUUCCUACCGUUUGACUUAAUUUUGCCGCUUUACGUGACUUAGUACUUCUAUGAGAAUAGCAAAUUGGGUUUUAACUUAUGUUUAUAUCAAAGAACUAGUAUAUGAUAGAGGCUUAGUAUUUACAUCUAUAAAAACUAAAGAGAGUUUGUAAUUCAUUUAUUCAAAGUGAAGAGAAUUUCAUUGGGAUGCUGCAGCUUUAGAGCUUUGUU